AGAGCUCCACGGAGUCCCGAGUUCCCUCCUGAGCGCAGGGGAGAGAGAACAGGGCCUCCGACCAGCCGUUUGGAAUAACAAAAGUAGAACCCAAUGUUCCCUAGGAAACACUCCCAUUUUCCUGGGAAUGUGGCCUUAAGCCCAGGCACCCGGUCCUGUAGCGAGGCUCAGUUCUGUAGCGAAAAAUGCUGAGCCCUAAAAGCCCUUCCCCGCCUCAUCCUAAUUGAGCUAAAGCUUUCUAUUACUCCCGCCUUUUAUCAUCAGAAUAUGAAGGACCUACAGCCAGUUUAGUUCACCCCGUUGUUUGAUGAAGGGCACCUGGGAAAUAAGAAUAAAGACCCCUUCCCCACACACCUCUGUGUCAGGGCCCUCCUGCCAGGUGACCCCGACUUCUCGCUAUAACCUCGUAGACAAGUGCAGCGGGGAUUUCUCCCUUUCCCAGCCGAGUCUGAGGCUCAGGGAGGUUUAAGGGCCUUGGCAAAGCCAAAACUAGAACCAGGGGUCAGGUUCCUUUUUCCUGGGACUAGAGUGGGUUUGCUGACCACACCGUGGCUCUGCAUGACCCACAGGGAAGUGAGAGUGCUUGGAGGGAAACAGUAGGUGGGAAUUCGUGUUUGUGGGGCACCUGCUAUGUCCUGUUUCAGUUGUUCAUGGGUAGGGGUGGAGGGGUACAGGGCACUCAGACACCUGGCUGUGGGGAAAACGUGCUGAGCAGACUGCCUCCGAGCCAGAGCAAGAGCUGUGGCCACGCAGUCGGUCCUUCGCCACCUUGUCCACUCCCAGGAGCUGGCACAGUCCGAACUGCUUGCCCUCCUGACCUCUCUGUUUUAAGCAUUUUCAGGACCCGGAAUGCUAUGCUGCUUUCCAUGAGCCGGUCACGGAGUCUGUGCACUGCAGCCCUUUCUGAGCCGCUGACUGUCGGGAAGCUCCGCUGUGCUCCUUACCAAGAUGAAGUGCGUCUUGGUGGCCACAGAGGGAGCAGAGGUCCUCUUUUACUGGACAGAUGAGGAGUUUGAAGAGAGCCUGCGGCUGAAGUUUGGGCAGUCGGAGUAUGAGGGAGAAGAGCUUCCUGCCCUGGAGGACCAGCUCAGCACCCUCCUGGCCCCAGUCAUCAUCUCCUCCAUGACAAUGCUGGAGAAGCUCUCAGACACGUACACCUGCUUCUCCACAGAAAAUGGCAGCUACCUCUACGUCCUUCACCUGUUCGGAGAAUGCCUGUUCAUCGCCAUCAACGGCGACGGCACGGAGACCGAGGGGGACCUGCGGCAGAAGCUGCGUGUGCUCAAGUUCCUGUUCGAGGUGCACUUCGGGCUGGUCACCGUGGACGGCCAGCUCAUCCGGAAGGAGCUGCGGCCCCCCGACACGGAGCAGCGCGUCCAGGUGUGGGAGCACUUCCAGAGCCUGCUGCGGACCCACGGCCGCCUGCGCGAGCGGGAGCAGAGCUUCGCUGUGGAGGCCGUGGAGCGGCUCAUCCACCCUCAGCUCUGUGAGCUGUGCAUCGAGGCGCUGGAGCGGCACGUCGUCCAGGCCGUGAACUCCAGCCCCGCGCGGGCCGGCGAGGAGGCCCUGCACGCCUUCCUGCUCGUGCACUCCAAGCUGCUGGCUUUCUACUCCAGCCACAGUGCCAGCUCCCUACGCCCAGCCGACCUGCUGGCCCUCAUCCUGCUGGUCCAUGACCUCUACCCCAGCGAGAGCACUGCGGAGGAGGACGACGAUGACGACACUCAGCCUUCCCCACGGAGGCUGCAGAGCAGCCAGAACAUCCCCGUGCAGCAGGCCUGGCGCCCUCGUUCCUCCGGCCCCGCCCGGAGCUCCACAGGGACGGAGACAGACAGCUUCUCCCUCCCUGAGGAGUACUUCACCCCUGCCCCUUCCCCAGGGGAGCGGAGUUCAGGUUCAGGUAGCACCGUCUGGAUGGAUGGGGGAACCCCACCCACUGAUGACUCCCUGGUCCAGAUAGGAGAAGACACACUCCAAACGCUGAUGCCCGGCUUCCCAGCGCCUGCCUGCCCCAGACGGAUUUUCCUGGAUGCCAGUGUGAAAGACAUCUACUGCCCCAUGGUGCCCCACACCAUGUACUGCCUGCCCCUGUGGCCAGGCAUCCACAUGGUGCUCCUGACCAAGAGCCCCAGCGCGCCGCUGGCCCUGGCCCUGUACCAGCUGCUGGACGGCUUUUCCCUGCUGGAGAAGAGGCUGAAGGAGGGCCAGGAGGCCCGGAGCUCCCUGCGGUCCCUCCCGCUCGUCGGGGACCUGCGCCAGCGGAUGGACAAGUUUGUCAAGCAUCGCGGGAGACAGGAGCUUCAGAGCACCUGGCAGGAGUUCAAGACCAAGGCCUUCUCCAGAAGUGACCCUGCCUCAUCACAGGAGCUGCUCCAGCUGUGCGGGAAGAUAAAGCGGCAGCUUUGUGCCAUCUACCGUCUGAGCUUCCUGAGCACAGCUCCGAGCCACGGAGGCCCCCAGCUAGCCCAGCACCUGCAGGACCAGGUCCAGAUGCUCAUGCAAGAAAAGCUGAUGGACUGGAAGGACUUCCUGUUGGUGAAGAGCAGGAGGAACGUCACCAUGGUGUCCUACCUGGAGGACUUCCCGGGCCUGGUGCACUUCAUCUACGUGGACCGCACGACUGGCCAGAUGGUGGCCCCCUCUCUCAGCCACAGUGACAGGACCUCGUCAGAGCUGGGCAAGGGGCCCCUGGCUGCCUUUGUCAGAACCAAGGUCUGGUCUCUGAUCCGGCGGGCGCGCAGAUACCUGCAGAAGGGCUACACCACGCUGCUGUUCCGGGAGGGGGACUUCUUCUGCUCCUACUUCCUGUGGUUCCAGAACGAGAUGGGGCACAAACUCCAGCUAAUCGAGGUGCCUGUCCUGUCCGAUGACGCGGCGCCCGUGGGCAUGCUGGGAGGAGACUACUACAGGAAGCUCCUGCGCUACUACAGCAAGGACCACCCGGCCGAGGUCGUCAGGUGUCAUGAGCUGCUGGCCCUCCACCUGUCAGUCAUCCCCAUAGAUGUGCUGGUGCAGCAGGCGGGCGAGCUGGCCCAGCGCCUGUGGGAGUCCUCCCGGGUCCCCCUGCUCUAGGCCGUGGGCAGUGCACCUGGCUCUCCACCCCCAGCCCCACCUCAGACAUCCCUGCUACGAGCCUCCUGGCGGCAGCCACCUGAGGACGGACAGGCCCAGGCAGCUCCAGGAUUUAUUUUGUUUCUUUUGUUUUUCUUCUGUUCCCUUCUCCCCACCCCACCCCAGUAUUUCUUUUAAAAACCUCACCCAAAGCAGCCUCAGGCCAGGCAGUGACCAAACCCCCAGAAGCUUCUGUCUGCAGGAGGAGGGCGGCCAGGAGGUUCCGUUGUCUCUAAAACAGCAGUGGCUGCCAGGUCGGAGCUGCCUGCUGUAUCCCAGGAGACAGGUGUCUGAAGACCCUAUCCUCUGCCUUUGUCCGAGGCAGGAGAGCUCCUUGGGGAAGCCCUUCCCCCACCCCCAGAUGAAAGGUGCUCUCGGCUGGGGUCGAGUUCUAACCCUGCCACUUCCUCUCGGCAGCUCUGAGCAGGCCCCCCACCUGAGGGCCGACAGCACCCUGUCAGGGUAUCUGUAAGGGCUGCUGGGCACGAGAGGAGCCUCAAUAAAUGCUGGUCAUGGUUA